CUUCGUACCUAUUGCCAGAAGCUGCAACCAUCAUCCCGCUCCAGCGCCCUCACGACCAGCACAUUUCUACCCCUAAUUGCAUCGCCUUCCCCUACAUCUCUACUCUUCAUCGCUGCCUUCAGGGGAUCCCAUCUCAACCGUUAUGGAGCCGAAGCGCGUUAUUGUCACCUACUGCGAUGAAAGCGGUAACUUGCCUAAUAUCGAAAAGGACCUGGCGGCUCGGCUGCCCCUCCGAAACUUGGUUUGGAGGCCAAGCAACAACCGGACUAAACGGAAUAUUGCUAUGCUCGAUGUUGAGUUCAGGCGUUUCUCCCCAGAGUCUUCCAUGAACCUCCCCCCGGUGACUUUGCUUCAGAACCCGUACCUGAACCUCUACUUUGUCAACUGCGAGGACAAUGAAACGUACAGGACGACUGUGAAACAGCAGAUCAAGGAAUGGAUUGACCGUGUCACCAAAAAGAAGAACCAGGAGUGGCUCAUUGUUCACAUCAGUAACCAGGAGGGCGCAAGGGCUACAAAGUUCCUACGAUCCUCCGUCCAUGACAGGAUUAAGGCCGACUUCAACAUUCACAAGAAGGAUAGGGUGGCUCAAGUGAAGAUGGCAGACACGGAAAUGUCAGAGAUGGAACUCUGGGCCGACUUUACAGAAAAGGUGAAGGAGGGCAUCGUGGCGAGCUUCGAUCAGAACGUGAUGACAUUCGAGGAGGAUAUUCGGCGAUUGGACUCGCAACGACAGAUGCCUGGGUGGAACUACUGCACAUUUUUCAUCCUCAAGGAGGGCCUUACCAAUGCAUACGAGAUGAUGAACUUGCACGAGGAGGCAUUAAUGCAAUACGAUGAGCUUGAGGCAUCGUUCUUCCAAAUCCUUCGAGAUAAUGCCUUGGCAUGGUACGGGAAGUUUGGCGGAAUGCAGGAGGGAGACGACGAUGCAAACUUGCUGGACCUUGACAGAAAGCCGUAUAGGGACCUGAUCAUGCAGAACACCAUAUCUGUGUUUGAUUUCAGAACAUAUCUCUUUGGACGUCAAUGUAAUCUCCUUUUCCGACUUCGGCGACCAAUCGAGAUUUGCCACAGAGCGCUGCUAUUCAUUCCGUCCUUUGCUAGAACCGUUCGAGAGCAUGUGCUGAACCUGACGGAAAACUUCCUGGAAUCAUGGAUUUACUCCGCAUGCAUGUCAAUAGUGAACGAAUGCGAUGAGACCAUCCCUCUGUCGAACGAGGAUCCACAUAUGAGCCAAGUUCUUUUGGACGGCGCAAAAGCAGAACUCCUUCAGCUUGCACGUCAACAGCUGGACAAGCUUGGUAUUCAGCAUGGCCGACUUCCCAAGGAGCUGCCUUUUACAAUGUCGCUAGGAUAUGAGGAUCCCGCUUUAAACACUACGGAGGAGGCCGAAAGAAAACCUAUGUCAAAGGAAUUACUGGACGCUGUCUCUACCGACGAAACAUUCGACACGCUGUACAUGAGUGUCACUGCUCGAGCAAUCAGAGGAUAUGAUGGAAGUGGACGCCAUCGCUCGUCCUUACUUCUUCACGGUGAUGUCGCUGCACUCCAAUACUAUAGGAAAAGGUACGCAGAGGCAGCGAGGAUUUUAGAGUCGAUAACAUGGCGGUAUGGACACAGUCGCUGGACUGUGCUCGAAAAUGAGCUGGUCAUCAAGCACGCUAAAUGCCUGAAGGAACUCGGAGACACAGUCAAAUAUACCGAGGCGUGUCUCACGCUGCUGAGGAACAUGGACGACCUUAAAGUCGACGAUAAGCUGUUUUACUCCAACGAACUGUUCAACGCUGCAACGUCCAAAGAGCUGAGGCAGGAGGUUCAUCAUGAGUUCGCACCAAUGUUCGCAGUCAAGGUUGUUUCCGUAGUCGACAUUCUUCAGGACGAUGAUGGCUCAUACGUGGAUAUCAUGAUAGAUAACAAGCUACCCAAAGACAUCGAAUUUAACAAGCUGUCUGUCAGGAUGGUCAGCGGCGAAGUAGAUGAGUUAUGGUUUAACAUCCGGCAUGGAGUUAUGAAGCCAGGCAAGAAUAAUUUCCGGGUUACUUGUGAAACUUUAGCGUCGGGGACAUAUGUCUUGGAGAAGGUUUACCUGAAGAUAGGGAAGCUGGUCUUCCUGUACGACUUUCUGCAGGAGAGCAGGAAACGCAUCUUCCGCGUUGAUUCUCAUCCAAAGGCACUGAAGGCCAGCAUCACUUUGCCGCAGGAGAUGGAGCUCGGACAGACGAGCACAUUUGUGGUCCAUGUGUCGAGUGGACGGAAUAAGGUUGCGGAAGCCAGCCUCAGCCUAUACCCUGCCUCAGAGGGUAUGUCCCUGCUCAAAGUCCCAACACUUGCAUAUUCCAAGCAAGUAUCUGAGGGUAGCGAGGACGCUGCCACAACUGGAGAUAUCGAUCUCGAGAACUAUGAGGCCAUCUCUCUGCCGGCCUUUGGACCCAACGAAACGCUGGCCAUCACAGUCCCAUAUGAGACCUACCAGAACAGCAGCGAGCAUUUGAUCAAACUGGCUGUUCAUUAUCUCACUCCCAACUCUAAGCGGCACACGUUCACGCUAACCACGGGUCUUGAGACAGUUCUGCCGCUGCAAGUUUCUCACUCCAUUAUUUGGCGCGACGACUGCCUUAAUUUGAAGCUGGAUAUGACAUGUGCAAGUUAUGUUCCUAUCCGCAUUCUCAAUGUCGACCUCCGCCAUCCAGCUCGCAUCAAAGAAUAUAAGCAAGCACCUUUUGCAGGCGAAAUGACAUUAUUUCCUAGGCAGCAUGCAAGUUUCGUGUUUAAGAUAUCCCGCCCAAUGGAUAUGGAAGACACCGACCCCCAGGCACACUUUAUUGUUACGUAUCACAGUUUACGCGAUGAGGUCGAGAAGGCUCUUACAUCCAUGGUUGAGGCAGAUCUGGCCAAAGCGCAGCUGGAUCAACAUGGCUCUUUCCUCACGAUGCACUUGAAGAGUCAUCUUUUGAAGGGCAUUGAUUAUAUGGCUUACGGGAUGUCAGACAGCCUGGAGUUGCCACCGCUGGACGUCGCUAGCUGUGAGACUAUCUUGGCGUAUCAUGAUCCAAAAACUCGCGAGACGUUGAUCGGCAUUCUCAAGGAUAUGUUCUCGGAUAACAAGAAGCUGGAAUACGAUCAGAUCAUGGCUCUGAGCGCCUCAAACCAGCCGCUUCAAAUCUCCUUCCCUGUGCCGCUUCCGACAUCACAAGUGCUGACUACCGUGGAGAUCAUUGUUGACAAUCCUCAGGAGCUGACUAUAGGGACGCCGGCGACUUUCAAGGUGCAGGUCAAAAACUCGGAAUACUGGAAUCCGAAUAAGGAUAGGGAGCAAUCCUACAAUUUCUACUACGACAUCAUGGUCGAUUAUGAAAACUGGCUGCUUUGCGGACACAAGAAGCGUCUAUUCUCUGCCGAGCCUGGUGCCACUACGACACACGCCGUAUCCCUGGUCCCACUCAAGACCGGCCCCUUGCAUGUGCCCAAGAUAACGAUUGCAAGUGCGUCUGGGAGCGUACACAACCAAACAUCGUAUGUGAACGAGGCGGAACAGGUGCUGAUCAAACCCAAGACUACCACCUCGACCUUUUUCAUUGACCAGCAGCGGGGCGUCCACUUUUCAAGCUGAUAGUGCGACCCUCACGUGCCGCACGCAUUCCCUUCAUGUUUGCCACCACGAAGACAAACCACCGUGCACGAUCGCUUUGC